ACUAAAAGAAGACAUGGUCAUAUGAAUUAAACCAGUUUAUUACAUAUAAAUGGAUAUUAUUAAUAAGCAAGCAUGAUAGAAUUAGAACACUUGAUAAUUCUAGGAUACAGUAACCAUGGGGGCCAUGUAAGCAGAUAGCUAGAUAGAUAAUGUCUCUAGAGAACCACACUACUGUGAGUGGAUUCAUACUCUUGGGGUUUUCUGAGUUUCAUGACCUACAUCUUUUGUUCUUCAUAGUGUUAUUGUCUCUCUAUAUCCUCACCUUGAUGGUGAACACCCUGAUUAUCAUGAUAAUAAAUGCCGAUCGCACCCUUCAGACCCCCAUGUAUUUCUUCCUUACUCACUUGUCCUUCUUGGAGGUCUGCUACAUGUCAGUCAUCAUCCCAAAGAUGCUGGAGAACAUGCUGGUGGAAAAGAUGGGCAUUUCCUUUGAGGGAUGUGCUAUGCAGAUGUUCUUCUUUCUUUUCUUCGGCAUUGCAGAGUGCUUCCUCCUGGCUGCAAUGGCAUUUGACCGGUAUGUGGCGAUAUGCAACCCCUUGUGCUAUAUGGUCAUUAUGAGUAGCAGUGUUUGUAGGAAACUAGUGGUGGGAUCUUAUGUGUGGGGGACCAUAGUGGGUCUGGUGCACACCAUCAUUACAUUCAGCUCUCAGUUCUGUGGCUUAAUUAUCAACCAUUUCUUCUGCGAGAUCCAGCCACUCCUAGAGCUGCUCUGUGGAGACACUUUCCUGAAUGAGGUUCAAGUCAUUGUGAUGGCUGUGUUUGCCAUCAUGGUCCCAUUCCUACUGGUCAUUUUAUCUUAUGUCUGCAUCCUGUCCACCAUCCUCAAGAUGCCGUCAGCUGAGGGUCGUCUUAAAGCCUUCUCCACCUGCUCCUCACACCUAGUGGUGGUGACUCUCUUCUACGGCUCAGCAAGCUUCAUGUACUUACGACCCAAGUCCACCUACUCUCCACCUGUUGACAAACUGUUAUCCCUGUCCUAUACCAUUGUGACUCCAUUUUUAAACCCCAUGAUCUAUAGCUUGAGGAAUGAGGAGGUGAAAGGAGCCAUAAGGAAAUUGUGGAGGAAAAUGCUUUAUGAAUGAAUAUAAAGUAGAGCUGGUCAAAUUUUUCUAUAUUCUGACAUUUUGAUGGCAUUUUUAGUUGUAAAUUAUAAAUUUCAAUGAAAAUAAAUUUUAAAAAAAUCAUAAAAAUAUUUGGGAUUUGGACCAACCAGAGAAGUGG